CCCUUUCUUUUCCGGAUUUUUGUUUUCCGAAUUUUUCAUUUUCCGGAUUUUUUCUUUUCCGGGUUUUUUAUUUUCCGGAUUUUUGGUUUUCUGGAUUUUUGUUUUCCGAAUUUUUUGUUUUCCGGAUUUUUAUCUUCCGGAUUACAAGACAUAUUCGUGGUAAACAAACUGAUUCAUUUUAUGACACGUUCCCAGAGAUUGAAGUAGAUGCUAGAGCAUUCGUUGUUGAAAAAUGUUCACAAAAAUCAGCAGAUUUUAAGGCUUUGGAUUUAGCUCAGUUUAUUGAUGACAAAUAUUAUGAAUUAAUCGGAAUUCAAAGACAAGCUGGUGAUGAUUUUAUACGAUCGGAAAGAAUUUGUCGUCUAGAUCUACGCAGAUGGGGAGCUAAAUUCGAAGCGAAUUCACAGCGCCCAUAUUUUGAAGGACAUGAAAGAGACGAUGUUGUGAAGCACCGUAAUGAAUUUAUUAACUAUUUUCUAGCACGUAAAGAUUCUUAUUACACAAUUACUGAUGGUGACCAACCUAUGUGGAAUAUGCCGACCCAAAAUCCUCAUAGAAUACUUAUAUUUCAUGAUGAAUCAACCUUUAGAAGCGGUGAUGUUAGUCCAAAACGGUGGUUUUUCAGUGAAAAUACACCGUUCUUUUCAAAAGGCCGUGGUCGCAGUCAUAUGGUUUCGGAUUUUCUUGUUCAACAUCCUAGUGGACCAUUUUUUUGA